GGAGGCCGGGAGGGAGGAGGAAGAGGAGGCCAACUCAUCUGACACAGGCAGAGGACCACAAGAAGGCAGAAGACGAGCAGUGCUGGGGGAAAAAAGACAGACGAGGAUUUAAAAGAAGACAAAAGUCGCAUGGAACGUCUUUAAGGUGUUAAAGAAGAAGAAAGUUUGAAAGUUCUUCUCGUAGACGACAAAAUGUCCACGCCGCCGCCAGCAGACAACAACCGCGAAGACGCCAACAAUCGCAGCUUCUGGAUGCCCGGCAACUACCAGCGCACGGUGAAGCGCACCGAGGACGCCUUCCAAGCGUGCAACGAAAUCGUGACGUGCUUCCAGGAGAGGGCGCGUGUGGAGCGUCAGUACGCGCAGCAGCUCAGCGAGUGGAGCGCCAAGUGGACGCCCGUGGUGGAAUCCACGCCUCUGUACGGAUCCCUGCUGAAGGCCUGGCAGUCUUUCCUGUCCUCCGCCGACCGCCUGGCCUCGCUGCACGCCUCCAUCUGCCGCUCGCUGGUGGUGGAGGACGGCGAGCGGGUCCGAACCUGGCAGAAGGACGCCUUCCACAAGAAGCUGUUCGGAGGCUUCAAGGAGGCCCAGGACGCCGAGGCGGGCUUUGCUCGGGCUCAGAAACCGUGGGCCAAACGACUAAAGAAGCUGGACAAGGCCAGGCGGGCGUACCACAAGGCCAGUCGCAAAGAGCACGCUGCUAGGGAGCGCGAGACCAACGUUUUGGGAAACUCGGACGUGGCCGCCGACAAGCAGAAGAAGAUCCGGGAGGACAGAGAGGUGGUCCAACAGGAGGCUGAGAAAGUCAGAGCCCGCUACGAGAAGGUUCUGGAGGAGGCCAACCGCUACGCUCCUCGCUACAUGGAAGAGAUGGAGGCCAUCUUUGACCAGUCGCAGGAUGAAGAGCGCAAGAGAAUCGUCUUCCUCAAACAAGCCUUCCUCUCCUUUGACAAGCAUCUUGAUGUCACCACUAAUGAGAGCGUGAGAGAAGUGUACAGCGAGCUGCACAACACGGUGACUGCCAUCGACGAGCAGGAGGACCUACGAUGGUGGAAAAACACCCAUGGACCUGGCAUGCCCACCGACUGGCCACACUUCCAGGAAUGGAAGCCCGAGAAGAAAAGCAAAAAAGGUAAGAUGGAAGUCGAGCAGAAAGGAACGUUAGAGAAGAGCGAGGUGAUGAAGCCCGGCGGCGUGAGGGUGAGGGCGCUGUACGACUACGUGGGCCAGGAGACGGACGAGCUGUCCUUCGAAGCAGGCGAAGAGUUUGUGAAGACGGAGGAAGAGGACGACCAGGGCUGGUGUCGGGGGGUGAAGGACAGCGGCUGCGAGGGGCUUUACCCCGCUAAUUACGUAGAGCUGGUUUAGGAACAUCUGAUUCCGUCCCUGUGGAAGUCUGCUCAAAAACAUGCUGUAAAAAAUGUAGCUGUUAGCCAAAGAUCUGUGAAGGUUUUUAACGUGCGGAGAUUUGAAUGAAGACGUUUAUUUUCACGAAAAGUCCGACCGCCAGUGUGCUAACUUCAAGAUGUUUGUCGUUACAUUCCUCGUCUAACGCAACCUGUUUAAAGAGUCGCUUUUCUGUUUUGUAAUCUCACUAAGAAAACGCAUCCCUGUGUACAUUUAUGUUGUAUUUAGUUAUAUUUCUCUAUUUUUGCAAGCACAUUUAGCAAUGUUUUGAUGUGACGCUAAUCAAACACACGCUGGUUCGUUUUUUUGAGACAAAUUAAGAUAUAUAAUAUCGGUGCUAUUUUAAAAGUCUUAUGUUAUUAUUAAUGUGCUUUGAUAAGAAUAUAACAGGCUAACGCAGGGGUGUCCUAACUUUUUCCACUGAGGACCACACACUGAAAAAUUAAAACAUGCGGAGAACA